GCGUCAUAACUCUGCGCCCGCAGACGAUUAAACGUGCGCCACAGAGAACAAGAACUAAACGCCGAAAAAAACAUUAGCGAUUUAAUUCUCUGUCGGAUCUUUGAAUACUUGAGGAAGUAUGGAUGACGAGGAGGAAACAUACCGACUAUGGAAGAUUCGUAAAACGAUCAUGCAGUUGUGCCACGACAGAGGCUACUUAGUGACCCAGUAUGAGUUGGAUCAGACGCUUGACGAAUUCAAGACCCAGUUUGGUGACAAGCCGAGUGAAGGCCACCCCAGACGCACCAACCUCAAUGUGCUGGUGGCACACAAUGAUGACCCAACUGACCAGAUGUUUGUCUUCUUCGCAGAGGAACCCAAGGUUGGAAUAAAGACCAUCAAAAUGUACUGCCAAAAGAUGCAAGAGGAGAACGUCACACGGGCCAUCAUAGUGGUCCAGAUGGGCAUGACACCAUCUGCUAAACAGUCUUUGGUGGAUAUGGCACCCAAGUAUAUACUGGAGCAAUUCCUACAGCAGGAGCUGCUCAUUAACAUCACGGAACAUGAGCUUGUUCCAGAACACAACGUGAUGACAAAAGAAGAAGUCACUGAGCUACUGGCACGAUAUAAACUGAAGGAGAGUCAGCUGCCGAGGAUCCAGGCUGGAGACCCUGUGGCUCGAUACUUUGGAUUGAAAAGGGGACAGGUGGUGAAAAUCAUCAGGCCGAGUGAAACCGCAGGAAGGUACAUCACAUAUAGACUGGUGCAAUGACAGAUGCUGGUUCAAAUCAAGUGAUUGUUUAACUUGUCUGGACUCACCUGUUUACUUUGCUCCUUAACAUGUUUCUUAAAAU